AUGGCUCCGUCAGCUUCUAUUUUUCAAGCAGCGAGAAACAUUGACAGAAGAACGAUUGAGGUGAGCGUAGAAAUUGGACACAAGGCAGCAGUGAGGAGCCUCCCAACGAAGGAAGGAUGCACGCACGACUGGAUUUUGUACGUGAGGACUGACCAGGAUCAGUUCGUUGAGAAAGUUGAAUUCAACCUCCAUCCGUCCUUCAAGAAGCCGAGAAGAGUUGUUAGAAGCGCGCCAUUCCAGGUUGUUGAAUGUGGUUACGGAGGCUUCCGCAUGUCGAUCGUCGUCCACUUCAGAGUGAACAACCAGCGACAGCCCGUUCCAUUUGAUUAUUAUUUGUUCCUGGGCGAUGCAGUGGUCUCCAAUAAUGUCCUGCAGAAGGUCUCAAUCCUAUCAGGCACUCUUGAAAACUCAAAACCUCCUGCGAAGAAGAAACCCGGCAGGCCAAAGAAAUGUGCAACAACAGAUGAAGCUCAACUAGUGAACAAAUUCGAAAGCCUACCAGCUCGUUCAACGAGAUCAACGUCUUCAAAAUUGUCGUCAUCAUCAUCACCAACAUCUUCAAUGUCUAGUUCAUCGUCAACAGAAUCUAUUCCCUCAUUAUCAACAUCGAACUUAUCAUCAUCAUCAUCUUGCAUGGGAUCAUCAGCAGCAGCAGCAGAACCAUCUCCAUCGCGAUCAUCAUCGUCAUACUCCUCCGACAGCUCUCAGGAAAUAAACAGCACAACAUCAUUUGUGGAAUUUCUCAAUAAGCACGAGCAACUUACUUCAACACCAACUAAAUCAAACAACACAACCAACAACAACGUCAUCAAAAACAAUGUCAUCAACAACAACAUCCCGACCAACUGUAACCAAAACUCAACUAAUGCUCACCAGCCAGGCAAGAAACACUUGAGAUUCAACCCAUCUCUGGAGGAGUGCAGGUACUUCUCAGAAGAUGAUGUUGUCCACGCAACCAACGACACAAACAACAACAAAUCCACACACAACUGCACAAAACACACAACAACCGACAACAAAAUAAACAAAGCUCCCAAAACAACCACAAAACCAGCAGUUGUUGAUGGACACAAACUCAACGAGCUAAUGAAACUGCAGAACAUCUUGAUGUCGAUAACAGAUAGGAAGCUGAUGAAGAGAAUCGUGAAGAUGAUCCACAGAGCUGGUUGCUUAGACAUCCAACAGACCACGUACAACUUCGAUCUCGUGCUCCUCGAUGAUGACACCAUUGAGAACAUUAAACAGUGCAUUGGUCUAUGA